AUGACUGAACUCGUACGGAAACGUUCUAUACAUAUACGUGAUGCACGGAUAGCAGGGCUUUAUGAUCUGGAGCAUACGAUUGGACAGGGACACUUUGCAGUAGUAAAACUAGCACGUCAUGUGUUCACUGGAGAAAGAGUGGCUGUCAAAAUUAUUGAUAAGUCUAAUCUCGAUAGCGAUUCGAUGGGACAUGUCAUGCAGGAGGUGCGAUGUAUGAAACUAGUACAGCACGCGAAUAUUGUGCGGCUGUAUGAGGUCAUUGACACCAAUACAAAGAUGUUCCUAAUUCUCGAGUUGGGGGACUACGACAUGCACGACUUCAUAAUCAAACAUGAAAACUUCAGGGCAUCGAAGGAAUCAUUGGCCCAACAAUAUUUUUGCCAGAUAAUAACGGCCAUAGACUACUGCCAUCGUCUUCAUGUUGUUCACCGUGACUUGAAGCCUGAAAAUGUGGUUUUCUUUGAAAAACUGGGAAUGGUGAAGUUAACUGAUUUUGGAUUCUCUAACCUCUUUGAGCCCGGUGAGCAAUUACGCACUGCGUGUGGUUCGCUUGCAUAUUCUGCUCCAGAGAUCCUUCUUGGUGACGCUUAUGAUGCUCCGGCAGUUGACGUGUGGUCUUUGGGAGUUAUUCUUUUCAUGUUGGUAUGUGGACGGUUACCUUUCCAAGAGGCAAACGACUCGGAAACUUUAACCAAAAUCCUCGACUGCCGAUAUAAUACUCCGGACCACCUUUCCAACGCUUGCAGAAACUUAAUCCAACGUAUGUUGGUAAGAGACCCGUCGAAGAGAGCAGGCCUGGCAGAAAUAGUCUCAAAUGCGUGGGUCAUGGCUGGUGAUCGAGGGCAUGCUGCGGUGUUACCCCUCAUAGUUAAGCAUCAUUUGCCCCAUUCUGCACAUACAACCAUUAUAGAACAGAUGGUCGCUGGGGGUGUCGGAACAGAGGAAGCCAUACUUAGAGCUCUCGAGAACGACGAGUACAAUUCCAUGACAGCGACAUAUUAUCUUCUUGCUGAGCGUAUAUUGGCCUCAUGUAGGGAAGAACAAGCUAAAGAACUUAUGGCAAGAGUGGGAUCUAGCGUACCCGAUGAAGAUCUGCAAGACAGUGAAUCCCGUCUACCUGGAGCCACUCCUUCAGUGGGGUCGCGCUGCCGGAGCAGGUCGAAUUCUUGGCGUGCUCGUCCUUGCACAAUUCUUAAAGAGGAGAGUGAAGAGGAGUUGUGCUCUUACUUGCGCUCUAGCCGUCAUAGCAGCCGGUCUUUUUCCAACGAUACCAACUACACACACGUCCACACAACCGCACGGGAGGCUUCGCCACUGCAGCCUUCAGUUGAAGGAGAUGUCCGUGAUGUACCCCGUAGCUUACUACUGUCUAAAGCUGCUCAGUUCGAUGACCUCUCUCCUAUAGCGGAGCACUGUCCUACCACAGCCCCUUUAAGUGGCAGUGACUCGAAAGGAAACUUUUCUGAGCAGAUUGUCGCGCAACGAAGGGCGAUAUUUGCUCGUACACGAUCAUGUGGAGCUAAUAACUCUACUCGUUCAAGAUUCUCGAAAUCCGACGACGAAGACACUUCAGUAGUGACUUCGCGGUCCCGUCGACAGUCUUAUGCGGGGCUUGUGGAUCUUGCACGCAGGAAUUCGUCUCCCUCGAUUUCCAUGUUCAGUGGAACUCGCGAUCGCGUGAGUCCGCAGGCUGUUCAAGAUCUCAUGGAAUUAUGCCGAUUAGGUGGUGCUCGACGUGCUGUAAGCCCAGAGAGUAUCCGAAGCAGUCGGUCGCCGUCACCUCCUACAAGUAGUGGAAGAGCUUCUCCAGCCAUGUCAUCGCUUUCUUCAUUAUCUCGCUUGAAAGUUGCAACAUCUUCGUUUGGUGGCGGCAUGCGGAAGCUAUCCUCUUCACCACAUCUGCUGGGUAUUUGCGAAGAGGGCGAAGACGUGGAUUCUAACGCAGUACUUCUUACAACAUCUGGACAAGGAUCUUCUAGAACGAAUAGAUCGUCUUCAACUGGACUUUCGCAUUUGCGUCAUGGAGCUAUCCAGGCCACAAAGAGUACAGGCGCUCAUACGCAGCCAACUUACAGUUCGGUGCGCAUGAUUCGCCCACGUCAUGCAGUAGUAUCACCAGAUGUUUGCAGGCGUUAUGACCAGCAUUCAAGGCUUAUCGCACGUAGUCGUCGUAGCACAAGUUGUUCCUCCUCCGAAGCGUCUGAUGAUGAAGAAGGGAAACGCUUGUCGAUUCUUGGCUCAGUGCAUUGCGGUAGAAAACGAGACGGUGAUAACGAUAGAGAUGACACAACUGGUGGCCAAGGAGGUGUAGCUGGAGGUCCCGGAGGAAGUGGCGAAGCAGGGAAGCCUUAUUUGGCAUGUAGCGGUUCAGACACAAAUGCAACCGGAGACUCAACCCGGGAACGGAGGUCUGGAGGAGCAACGGAAGGAUGUUCUUCCACCGGGCAGCAGCAUCUGUGUCCAAUACCAGAGAUGACCCACCUUGAUAGCAAUCGAGGGGAAUGUCUACGCGCCAAACUUCUUCAUAGGUCGCAUACCGCUGAAAGGAUAGCAAAAGACUGGGCUUCGGUGUACACAAAGGAUUACGUUCAGGAAAUUUCAUGCUUUGGUACACCACCCAGAGAUGUUGCCAACAUUUCCCCUGGAGAAAAUCGAAAUGGUGUAGAUUGUUGGAUUCACAGUCUGAAGCGAACCCGGUCGGAUGAUGGCAUGCAGCUGGCACACUGCGGCGACAGCGAAAGUUUGGGUGAUUCAGUGUUCGACAUUCCAGCAGAAUCGGUGCUUUCAUCUGUUAGCGACAUUUUGGAACGAAAUAGUGAUUCUGGAUGUUCUAGUGAGAAAGUCUUCAAAAAUCCAAAGAAGGAGAGAGUAAGCCUGAGGUGGGGAUGUUUUUCGUUUGGAUCCAAAAUCUUAAUGAAGCUAAACUGUUUUCAUCCCUAG